UUCACGACACAAAGGUCAGCUUUGCGGCUGCAGUAAACAUGGCUUCGCAGUUCAGCGGUGUGUUGCAGCUGACAGACCUCGAUGACUUUAUUACGCCUUCUCAGCAAUGUGUUAAACCGGUCAAAGUAGAGAAGAAAGGAGGUAAAUCUGUGGCCAAAAUUCAGAUAGAAGAUGAUGGCAGUUAUUUCCAAGUCAACAAGGAUGGUGGGAAGCAGAAGCUGGAGAAAGCAAAGAUCACACUGAAUGACUGUCUGGCCUGCAGCGGCUGUAUCACCUCAGCUGAGAGCGUCCUCAUCACACAGCAGAGCCACGAGGAGCUCUUCAAGGUGCUGCACAGCAACAAGGACGAUGCAGCAGAGCAGAAGAUAGUGGUGGUAUCAGUGUCGCCUCAGUCCAGAGCCUCUCUGGCAGCACACUAUGACCUCAGCAGCAGUGAGACGGGCAGGAGGCUUACUUCCUUCUUCAAAGGCCUUGGGGUUCACUACGUGUUUGACACCAGCUUUAGUCGGACCUUCAGCCUGCUGGAGAGCCAGAGGGAGUUUAUAGAGCGUUUCCAGAAUAAGGAGCAGGACAGCAAGGCCCUGCCCAUGUUGACAUCUGCCUGUCCAGGGUGGAUCUGCUAUGCAGAAAAGACUCAUGGGGAGUUCAUUCUUCCAUACAUCAGCACCACUCGUUCUCCACAGCAGAUGAUGGGCUCCCUGGUUAAAGGAUAUUUUGCUGAGCAACAGGGGUUGAGUCCUCAGCAGGUCUACCAUGUGGCAGUGAUGCCCUGCUUUGACAAGAAGCUUGAAGCCUCCAGGUCAGACUUCUACCUGAACGCAGCAGAAACCCGAGAGGUCGACUGUGUCAUCACCUCAGCCGAGGUUCAGAAAAUGCUGGAGGAGGAAAAUGUGUCUCUUAGUGAUGUGGAGCCUGCACCUUUAGAUCCAAUGUUCAGCAGUGUGUGUGGUGACGACUUCCUGAGUCACUCUGGCAGCGGCUCAGGCGGCUACCUCCACCAUGUCUUCACCUCCGCUGCCAAGCAGCUGUUUGGAGAAGAGGUGAAGAACCUCAUCUACAAGACCCUCAGGAACAAUGACUUCCAGGAGGUGAUGCUAGAGAAAGAUGGAGUUGUCCUGCUGCGCUUUGCUUUCACUUACGGCUUCCGCAACAUCCAGAACCUCGUGCAGAAGCUCAAGAGGGGCAAAUCGCCUUACCAUUUUGUAGAAGUCAUGGCCUGUCCCUCAGGCUGUCUGAACGGAGGAGGACAGUUGAAGCCCUUACCUGGUCAGAACCACAAGGAACUGCUGCAGAAGGUUGAGCAGCUCUACAAGGCAGAGCAGACUGUAGUGCCAGAGGAGGAGACGCGUGUGGCCGAGCUCUACCAGUCCUGGCUCAGCAGUGUGGGGGAGGAGAGAGCCAGAGAGCUGCUGCACACCCAGUACCACACUGUGGAGAAGAUGACUAAUGGACUCGUUAUGAAGUGGUGAAGGAAGAGGAGCAUUGUGUCGCCUGUUGUAGCCAAAACUCAAGUUCAGCUGAGAGGGUGCAUUUUCAAAACUUGAAGAGAUAAAAGAGUAUUAACAUCUCCUUAUUGUUGACCGUGGCUUCAGAACCGUCCAAAAGAAUGAACGACUCUCUCUGCCUGUCCUUCUGAGAGUGGAUGGUGGUUGUGUGAGCAAAGUCACUGACAGGAAGUUGUGAUGUCUGUUGGCACCCCUUUUGUCUUCCUUCCUUGUCCUGAAUGCUGUUGGCCAAGUGGCACGCAGAUACCAGGAACUACCAGAGCCUGUCAUUUAUGUCACAGGCUAUAAAUGAUGCGCACAAGUCAAACCAUAUUAUGUUUUGAUAAGUAUUUUUCUUCAUGUACUGCAAAUUGUGCUUUCAAGUUAUAAAUACCACAGCAAAUGAUUAAUGCACUGAUGUGAGAUCUAUUUUCACAACAUUUCAAAUGGAAAUGUACACUAGUACUUCACACAAAGUAAUAUAUGUGAUCAUUCCUGCCUUAAUCUAUUGAUUAUAUUUAUUCUGAAUAAUAAAAACAAUUAACUGAA